AUGGCGCGAUCAUUGGCAGAUGACGAUUCAAUACCCAACGGCUGGCGGACUCGACAACCAGGGUGCGCCAUCUGGAUCAUCAUAGCUAUCUUUCGAGGCUUUUUGGAGGCUUUUUUCUACAGCAUAUACUACAUCCCGAGCUAUUCGCGCCAGAGUCCAACGUGGACCUACCGUCAGGCGUGCAUGACACGGCUUUUUAGGAGAGGCUUUCAUAUUAUCACUGAGAUCGGUUUCACGCAAUCUUUGAGCUUAGAACCAGGCAAACUUGGUGAUCGCUGGGUGACCAUCGGCCCAGCACCAGCCUCCGCGUAUUGCGAUGACUUCACGAGUGAUACUAUCAAGCCAGAGACGGUCGGCGGUACUUGGUAUCCGAAACUACCAUCGAAGCAGUCGCUACUGGAAGAGCAAGGUCUAGUGGUUUUGUCCUUUCAUUCUGGCUCGCUCCUGUGGUUGACUGGACGACCAGAGGACUCGGAGCCCACAGCAACCUUGUUGAACAACAAGCUGGGUGACAAUACUCGCUCUUUUUGGCUGCAGUACCGUCUCGCCGGUGGCAGUAACCCAACGCCGUAUCCCGGGGCCAUGCAAGAUGCGAUAACAGCAUACAUCUACCUCACCAAAGAAAUGGGAAUCUCCCCAUCGCGCAUCGUCCUCGCAGGCGACUCCACAGGCUCGACUAUUGCAGUAGCACUUCUGCGCUAUCUUACCUCCAUCAAAGAGGUACAGGACCAUGAACUCGCUGAAUUUCCACCUCCAAAGGCAUGUCUUCUAUUUUCGCCAUCGGUCGAGUAUUGCUUUGAAGGUGAUCCUGAGGCCGUCGGCGCAAAUAGGAAUAUAAAUACCGACUACGUCGAGGCGCCUAUGAUGGCAUGGGGUGCAAGGGCUAUUGCCCCUCCUGAGACCGUGCGCCUGGAUGAUCCGUAUAUCUCUCCGGCGCUGCACCCAUUUGCAACCCCGGUUCCAAUUUUCAUUCAGGCGGGAGGCGCGGAGGUCCUCUGUGAUAGUGUUCGUGGGUUUGCCAACGCAAUGAGCGCUGUCCCGGGAAAUCUGGUUGAACAUUUCGAAGUCCCAGAUGUACCGCAUGAUGUUUAUGUUGCAGGGACUGUGCUUGGAUGGCCGAAGGAGCAGGAAGAGAUCCAUGAGGCUGCGGCGAGAUUUGUUCUGCAAUAA